ACUUAACGCUUCUCCACCCCCAUUUACAGGUGAGAGAAACUGAGACGAUGGACGCCCGAUGGCUUGACUACCCUGCCUCUGGAGACUUGCCAGAUGAUGAAGACAUUGGCGAAUUUAGGCCUCAUGUUACUUCUGAUGGGUUAGAUAUAGAUGAUGCAUCCGGGUCUGGAGACUACUCAGACUCUGAAGAUGCCAUGUAUCUGACCACCAUGGAUACUCCUUUGAUAUCUGACAACUAUAUCCCUGGCGAUACUGAGAGAAAGAUAGAAGGUGAGAAGAAAAACACAGUGGUGGACAAUGAAAUCAUUCCAGACAAAGCUGUACCUGUUGAAGAGAACCUGUCCAACAAGAUCUCCAUGGCAAGCACAGCCAACAGCAGCAUCUUUGAAAGAACAGAAGUCCUUACAGCUCUCAUUGCAGGAGGAGCAGUGGGGCUCCUGUUUGCCAUCUUCCUAAUCCUCCUCUUAGUCUAUCGCAUGAAGAAAAAGGAUGAAGGCAGUUAUGACCUUGGGAAGAAACCAAUCUACAAGAAAGCCCCUACAAAUGAGUUCUAUGCUUAAAGUUCAGCAGCAACUUGUGCCCAUCAAGGGACAAACAGACUGUAUGGAAACGCUGUGCCCUCAGAUGAGAUGUGCUGAACAAAUGCUCUUUUUGGAUUGAAUUUCAAAGUGACUUAGA